AUCGAAUUCCCUCCUCCUAGCUCCAAAGCACAGACACAUAUUUAGUCCCGGUUGCUCGUAGGAACGGACCCAGUCACUACCCAACUACCACCAAUCAAUCUCAGGAACCCAGCAACCCUUCAUCCUAUCCACCCCCAAUCCCCUACCCCAGAUAUCCAUCCAUCCAUCCAUUAUCUAUCUUACCCACCCAGCCAACCAACCCCUACCAUGACCUCAGAUCAUCACCACACAUGCCCCUUCUGCGCCAUCGCUCACAAAUACCCGCCCCUCCCACCAACGACAUUCCUCCGCCCGAAGAAUUCCUCCCACGAUGAUCAUUUAAAUUUAGCGGCUGCCGCGGCGGCGCCCCCUACUACUACUACUGACAUUCCUUCCCCGGAUUCAUUUACCGAGUCGAGCAAUUCAGACGGCCCUGGCCAUGCACACCUCCUCUUAUCCACUAAACAUGUCCUCGCGUUUUUGGAUAUUAUGCCCUUAACGAGAGGACAUGUUUUGGUUGCUACGAGGGAGCAUUGUGAAAGGUUGGGGGAUGUAAGGGUGGCUGUCGGGAGGGAGAUCGGCCAAUGGCUCCCUGUUAUCUCGAGGGUCGUGAUGCGGACCCUCUUCGGGGAGGAACAGCAAGGAGACUUUAACUCGUUGUGGAAUUGGAAUGUCGUGCAGAAUAAUGGUGUCAGAGCUGCGCAGCAGGUCCCUCAUGUUCACUUCCAUGUUAUUCCCAGGCCGCCUGAUCGGCCGGCGGAAGGGAAGGGAAAGGCUCAUUUGAGUUAUGUGAUGUUUGGGCGGGGGCAGAGGGAGGAUUUGGAUGAUGAGGAGGGUGAGAGUCUAGCUGGGUUGUUGAGGGAGGAGUUGGCGAAGGAGGUUGAGCGGAUUAAGAAGGAUGAGGGGGUCGAUUUGGAAGGGGAGUUUGGGGGUUUUAAAGUGGAAAGGGGGAAGCUUUGA